CGCACACUAGGAAAUUUUGUCGAUCACACUUGUCACGAAUAACAAGUACGCGUGGCAAGUUCACCAGUGUGCGGGGGUCUUAAGAGAACCGUGCAGAGACUCGCAACAGCUUGUGAGAGAUAUUCAACAACCAUGAAGGGUCUGACAGCUUUGCUUCUUCUCUUCCAAAUGGCGCUCGUUUAUUGUGCGUUCAAUCUUUAUGGGUCAAUGGACGACGCCCGCGACGCGAUAAUGUCAUUUUAUGAUCCUGUGCACAUCGAGAAAAUAUCUCGUGCGAGGCCACCACCUGUAUUGAUGAAAGUGCCUUCCUCUGGCGGCGGUUGGAGGAGAAGAACCAACUCAAUGAGGAAAAAAAUCACUCGUAAACCAACGCUUGUGAAGAAGAAACGAGUUUCAUUAAAUAAAUUUACAGAAGCUAUGGAGGACAUUGAGAGGGCCUUGGCCAAUGCUCAAUUGAUCAGACGAGUCCAGCACAAUCAAGAUAGGUUAAGAAAAUUGUUAAAGUUGAUUAAGACGGCCGUUUCCAAAAGAAGUUAUCGUUUUGCUCGCAAGGCAAUCGGUGAGGCAAUGUUUACGAUAAAAAAACUGCAGGAUACAAGGAGAGGCACGCGAGGGAAAAGAAGUGCAAUGACGUCAGGAAGGAGCUUUCUUGGCAACUUGAAGCAGACAAUCGGUGCAUCGGCUUUCAACGAUUUGUUUGCCAUGCAUGGUCAGGUGACACUUAUGUUUGCCAUUGAUGACACUGGGAGCAUGAGUGAUGAAAUUCAAGGUGCAAAGAAUUUAGCCACAGCUAUUGUGAACAUGCAGCGAGCAGAACCCGUGGAUUAUAUCUUGUCGCCUUUUAAUGAUCCAGGCACUGGUCCGGUCACAUAUUGCGAUGAAACGGAAAAAGGCAAAUUUCUCAAUGCGAUUUCAUCAUUGACGCCUCAUGGUGGAAGAGACUGUCCUGAGUUGACGUUCACUGGUAUGAUUAAUGCCAUUGAUGAAGGUCCUCAGCCCGAUUCUCCACUUUACGUGUUUACUGAUGCCGGACCAAAAGACGCCAACGAUGAUAAAAUUAAUUAUUUAUCGGAAAUCGCCCAAGCUGAAGGACAUGUCGUGAAUUUUUUCUUUGUGAAAAACACGGGAUGUUCUAGGAAUGCUGACAUUACGUCCUUUCAUAAAAUAGCUGAAAAGACGACCGGUCAAGUGUUUGAAUUGCAAAAUGCGGCCGAAUUAAAUGCGUUGACCGGUCUUACUGCUACUUCGCUUGGCGGGACAGCGGUCGUUCGUAGCGUUAGUUACCAAGCCACGUCACGCAAAAAGAGAAGUUCGACAAAACAAAGUAAUACUUACACCAUCACAGUUGAUGAUUCUAUCGACACAAUGGUCAUUGCCGUAACCGCUGAUCAAAUUUAUGGAAGCGCGAAUUCUUGGAGUGUAUCGCUGACCUCUCCCACAGGAUCGCUCGCGGGCGUCACGACCAGCAAUUUGAACCAAGGGAGAAUUUAUCAAAUCUCAAAUCCGAAUGUGGGAAUAUGGAAUUUAGGAAUACAAUCAAGACCGGAUGUGAACUAUGAUAUUUCAGUAAAGGGAGUGAGUACAGAUAAUAUUGACUUCGAAGUUUAUUUUGUUCGAACGACCUCUCAUCCUGUAGUACGAACCACAUUCCCGAUAUCAUCUCCUAUAUUUGGUGUUCAAGCUGAAGCAAUUUUAACUGUUGGAGGAAUCUCUCAUGUCAACAAGAGCAGUUUGAGAGCAGAACUUGUGACGUUGGGUGGUGACGUCAUCACGACAACAAGACCAACGUCAUUGUCCCCAAAAGAUAGCAAAGGGAUUAGGCAUUCAUUCAAAUUCCAUCCACCAAAUCAAAUUUUCAAAAUCAAAUUGAAAGGUCUCACAAAGAAAGGCAAUUCGUUUGAGCGCAUUUCUCAUUCACCUAUAAAAACAGAAACAUUGAUAGUGAAAGUAUUGUUCGCAAGAAACGAUUUCACAUUGAAACAAGGAAACACGUGUUAUAUAAUAUUCACUGUCCAGAACUUUGGGAACAACGAGGUUGUCAAAUUCAAAUCGCUUGGAAACUUGGGAACAGUCGAAAGACAGUCUAGAAAGUUCGGACGCAUACGUAAAGGUCGGAAGACAUCGUUUGCCGUCACGUUCCGAGGAAAACCGAAAGCCACUCCAGGUAUGACUGUUACAGUCGUAGUGUCUGUGACAGGAAGACGUUCUGGUUCAGUAGCAAAGAUGUCCGUACCAUUGCUGGUUGUUUAAUGAUUCAACGAAUGAAAACUUAUUGUAAUUGUUAAUAUAACCAUCUAGUUAGCAGCAGAAAUCUUGCAUUAUGCUUGACGGAAAUCGUGUUUUGUUAUAUGAUAGUAAGAAAUAAUUGGAUAUAUAGUAGUAAAUUAGUAAUAAAUACAAAGAGAAAAA